AUGAUUGGGAAGGUUGGAGAUGGGGGCGUUAGGAGGGAGCGUCCCUGCGGGUGUGCCACGGAAUGUGCCCUGACGCAUAGACUUGAGUGUAUGCUGGAGCAACGGGAAGGGCGUAGCAGCAGCGGAAGUAGAAGAAGAAAUAGAGGCAGGGCGGCAUCGCCAUUCGCUCGGGCCGUGGCUGGGCUGGUGGUGGGACUGCUGCUGCUACUGCUGGGCGUGGCAAACCUCGGGGGUGUGGCCGAGGCUGCCAUGACAUUUGUGCCGACCAACGUUGCGCAGCUCUCACUGUACCAAACCGCGCAGAUGCGCUUCAACAGCAAUCCGUUCGCUGGUGACCCGCAUAUCAGCGAAGGUGACAAGAUUUAUUUUAUCAAUGUGGAUUCAUCCGUUAGCUGCAAUGCCCGGGGGAGCGGGGACCCCCACAACGCGUUUAACGUCACCCCGCUGAAUGGCCUGGGCCUUAUCGGGUACUCUACGAUCGUCGUGCGGAGCUCCGUCUUUUCCGCGGGUGUGUCGUACCGUAUCUGCUACAUUACGCAGGGGAAGGCCCACUUGAUUUCGCCCGCCACAAGCUCCGCUCUGUUAGUCUGGCCCAGCUUGUACGAUCACUACGAGAUGCGGCCGUCGUCGGCGUCCGGUGGGUUGGGGCCGGUGGUCCUCACCUUGAAUGAGAAGCCCCAGGAGGGUCGUCCCCUCAAUCAGGGACUGACGGGCCCCAACACCAUCUUCCUCCUCCCCUGUUCGGUGGGGGGAGGCGCCGACUGCAGCGAGAUGGACCAGCUACCGCAGCUGUGCGCCAGCGGUACCGGCAAAGGCAUUCAGCUGAGUGACCUGCGCGGGGCGGGUACGGCGUUGGUCACAGGCAGUUUCACCGUGCCGUACGUCCCGGAUUCAGACGGGUACGCAGUUUGCGUCCCUUACUGCUCCGACGCCACUGUGGGUUGUGGCACAAGUGUGGAGAUGUCCUACACAGCUGUCACGGUCCCGGCUAUCAAGUUUGCCAAUGCAAACCCGUUCACCUAUCAGCUCACCCCCGCCGCGCCACAGGCACGUGAGAAGGGGUACAUGCUGCUGCAGGGCACCGGCCUGACGGCGGAGGACACGGUAACAGUCAUUCGGGACGGGGAUACAUGCGCGUCUAAGACGCCGUCGUUACUGAAUAAUCUAGAGCUUGGAACUCUUGCAGCCGCUGGCAAGAAUGCGGUGAACAUCACGUUCGUAGCACCGGAACUUAUACAGGGCGCCAUGCGCGGCACUGUGUGUUACCGUCGUGCGGGCGAAGAAUUAUGGUCCACCGUACUGAGAGAUCCGCAGGUGCAGGUGGCUGACUUUGUGAUUGAGAUCCUGCAGCCGACCGGGUUCAAGGUGGCCCCGGAAGUGCCCUACACGGGGAGGCCUCUCAGCCUUUUCUUUACAGGUGAGGGACUGAAUGCUGCGCAGGAUGCGGUGAUUUUGACAACGUCCACGGCUUGUGACUCCGUGGCGUCGCCGGAAACAAUGUUUCCGUGCCCACUUACCGGCGGCACUGCACCACAGUGCACAGCUAUCAUAGACCCCCUGUCGAAUCUGGGGCUAACGCUAUAUGUCUGCUACCGCAAGGGCGGCGUGCCCAGCUACGCCCGGGUUAAUGGUAGCAUCACCACACAGAAUCGUGACCCCAUCUUCAGCAUCCGCCCGUAUCCGCUCUACGCUGGCCAGAAGGGGACGCUGACCUUUUUGGGGGCAGGAGCUCUCCCUCACUGA